AUGGCCUCCGCUAGAAGAGUAUUAGAUAUGGAAACUCUUAAUAUCGGUUCGAUUGUGAAUUGUACUUGUGAGGUUCCGAAUUAUUAUGAAAAUCAUGAAGAAAUUGCUGUAAAAUAUAUGAAAGUUGAAAUUGAUGAUAAUGCCUACCAGGAUAUUUCAAAACACUUUGAUGCUACAUUUGAGUUUAUUAGUAACAGUAUUGAAAAUGAAGGUAAAGCUGUUUUGGUUCAUUGUCAGGCAGGUAUUUCAAGAAGUUCAACAAUUGUAAUUGCAUAUCUGAUGAGGAAAUUGGAUAUUUCUCUCAAAGAUGGUAAGUAG